AUGUGGAGAUUCAAGCAAUUCAUUCCUAAAGAGCUGACUGGCUUGGAAGGUCGCAUGCUAGAUAUUGGAAAUGUAAAGGUUCAUGUUCGAAAUGUCAUGGCUGAGGGUGGAUUUUCAUGCGUCUAUCUUGCCAAUGACGCAAUGCAUCCCUCCACGAAUUAUGCUUUAAAGCAAAUGAUUUGUAAUGAUGAGGAGUCACUGGAUUUGGCAAAGAAGGAAAUCUCUGUGUUGAAGAUUCUCAAAGGACAUCCAAAUGUGAUUACGCUUAUUUCAAGUGCAAUUUUUGAUAUGGGACGAACAAAAGAGGUGUUUCUUUUGAUGGAGUUUUGUGAGAAGUCACUGGUUAAUGUUUUGGAGAAUAGAGGUGCAGGUUACUUCGAAGAGAAGCAGGUCCUCUUGAUAUUUAGGGAUGUGUGCAAUGCAGUGUUUGCAAUGCACUGCCAAUCUCCACCAAUUGCACAUAGGUAUGGAGCUUAGAUUCUUAAUUUUUCCUUAGAUUGAAGUUUAGUUUUAUCUGAAAAUAUCAAGGAUACAUUCUGCUAAAUAGAUAACUCUAAGAAUUUUUUUUUUCUCCUGUAACGUUUGGUAAUACUAUUUGAUGGCCUUCUUCGUUAAUGUAAAUAAUGACAGUUCAUCUGAAUGAGACAUGCUAGGCCUGCAAAUCUCGGUUGCCUAUGUUGUCAACAAAAGAACAUUUGUUGAAAUUUGAGACAACUUUCUGCAUGAGUCAAGGUUCAGGUUGUUUGGAUCACCCAAAAAUAUUAAGAAUCUGGAAGAUAAGCUAUCAUAGUGAACAGUAACUAUACAGUAGCGCAUAAUUAAGUGUCCUAAUAUCUAUAUAAUAUAAGCACACAUGGCUUGUUUUAUUUCUUGUCAUUAUCUAUUUAUGGAUCCCUGAUUGUGGUGCACCUUCCAGAGAUCUGAAGGCUGAGAAUGUUUUACUUGGAGCUGAUGCUGCUUGGAAAUUAUGUGAUUUUGGUAGCACUUCUACCAAUCACAAAUGCUUCGAUCGUCCUGAGGAGAGGGGUAUCGAAGAAGAUGUUAUCCGAAAGCAUACAACACCUGCGUACAGGGCACCUGAGGUUUAAUCGAUAGCUUUUAUUUAUGUAUUAUCAAUUUUCCUUCUAUUAUUUAUCUAUCUCUACAGUGAAAAAGUGAAAAGAAUGAACCAUUUAUCUACAUUGCUUCAUUACAGAUGUGGGACUUGUUCAGAAGAGAAAUUAUCAGUGAAAAAGUUGACAUCUGGGUAAGUUGAUGACACUUCAUUGUUUCAUCUCAUGUCUCCUUGUGAAUCAUAACUCUAUCAAAGGCAGGAAAAUGAUUUUAUCCAUUGAAUAGCAGUUUGGGCUGGGCAUCCUUAAAAGCACACUCGAAUUUCUCCCAUUUGGGAUUAAGCUGCGAUAGGCUGUAUUCAUUGUGUUUUGUAGACUUUCUCUCAAAUCCACCGAGUUUCGUUUGAUAGAUAAAUGCCUUGAACAUGUUGCCCAAAUCACGGAUUUUUUAGUGGAAUGAAUGUUUCUUAAUGUUUGAUAUCUUUUUAAAUCCCAUAUUCGUGUAUGCAUAUAAUCAUUUAAUCGGUAUACAAACGAGUGUAUUCAUGAUCACACGUUCUAUCUGUGGACUGCUGAUAUUUUUUAAGCCAAUUGAGAUGUUCUUCAUUGUUGCGAGUGGGUGAUUAUUUUCCUUGUCCCAUUUCAGGCUCUUGGAUGCCUUUUAUAUAGAAUCUGCUACUUGAAGUCUGCAUUUGAUGGCGAAUCAAAGUUACAAAUUUUGAAUGGAAACUAUCGCAUCCCGGAAUUGCCAAAGUACACUUCUUCUUUGACAGAGCUGAUUAAAGACUUGCUUCAGUCAUCCCCGGAUGACAGACCAGACAUCACACAGGCAAGGACUUUGCUUGAUUGGCCAUUCAUCCCCAUGAACCUAGGUUGGUUCGAGAUCAUUGCAUUAUGUGGCAGCUGUUAGACGCAAGGAAAUUUGGUUUUCAGCUGCUGAUUGAACUGUCUGUGCCGACAGGUUUGGUUUCGUGUGAACCUGCAACUACCUGAGGAUUUGCAGAAGCAGAUGCCAGACGGGUUAUUGUGGACAGGAACACCUGAAAAUCACCUUGGAACCGCAAAUAUGCAGAAGGAAGGUGAAUUAAUGUGACCAUCACCUAAAGCAUCAUUUUAAUGGCUGAAUUUGACUUCUGUUUGACUUUUCAAGAAAAAAAAAACUGAUUUCAGUUUAGGUACACCUAUCAAUUGACUUCUGUUUGACUUUUUUUGGUGUGGGUAAUUAUCAAUUUCACCUUUGGAAACUCAAAAUGAUCCUAUCAUGUCACAUCUCUUCCCAGGAAUUUCAAAGAGACCGUCCGUGGUGCCUCGAAGAUCUCCUCCCCCGCCACCUUCCCAGAAAGAACACUCCAAUCUUUCUCAGAGCUCAUUGAAGACAGACGACAACAAGGCCCCACUGGGUGCUUUCUGGUCCACCCAGCAUGCGCGUGAACCACAGUUCUCAGAGGAAAAGUCCACCCGGUUUGAUGACGAGCCAAGACCCAAGCAGGCCCCACAGACCAUCCAAGACAAAACCAAACCUGGUCCUCCCGAGGCCCGUGCCCAACAAAGGACUCUUAGAAAGACUCGUGACAGCCCCAGUGAGGACUUUGAGAUCAGAUUCGACAAGGAUGGUGGGUAUGAGGAGAUAACCAGGUCGCAGCCCAGCAGCAAGAUGGUGUUUCAAAAUGAGGCAUUCAACACCUUUGUGGCGGAGUUUGACACCACCAAGAUCAGCCCCGGCAGCAACAGCGGUAGUAGAAUGACGCCGAGGGAAGAGCUGGAAGCUGAGGUGGAGAGGCUGAAGGAACAGCUGAAACAGGCUAACCUGGAGAAGGCUGACAUCACGUCAAGGUACGAGAAGCUGUCGGCCAUCUGCCGGUCUCAGCGGCAGGAGAUUCAGGAGCUGAAGCAGUCUCUAGCAGUGGCAGCCACGAUGACCCCAUCACAGCCAAGCUCAGACGGAUCUCAAGAACAGACGUCUCCCGGAAGCUUUCAGUCGCCCAGCCCAGUUAUCCCUCUCCUCCUUUCCAUUCAUCAUAUCAUGAGCUUACGAUUUUCUUUCUGAAAACAUGUAGAUGCAUAUUCUGUUCAUCAUCAUUCAUGGGCAAUCUUGAUUCUACAUGUUCUAAUCAUGCUGACAUUCGUCCAAAUAUUCUUUCUAAGAUUCAUAUGUGGGUGAAGAUUUUCCAUCAUCAUUGAUGUCGCUGUUCUUCUGAUUGAUAUGCAUUCCACGCAUGAAUUUUAUUUAUCUGGAAACUUAUAAAUAUAUUUCAUCCUGGCCCAGCAAAGGGAGAAGAUAGAAGGAUCGAUCAGGGAGCUCUCCAGCAGCAUGCUCAAGAGCUCAGCGUCCCCCAGUCCAGAUUCCAAGCCAUGGCAACCCUUUGCCGAGCAGCCAAGACCGCCCCAGCAGCCCCGAUCAGUCCGGACGAUCAACGGGCAUCAUCGGAGCAGCAAGGUCUCCGGUUCAACCCCUGCCGUUGACCCCUGGGGCUUUGACCAGGAAGGCUUCAUCGCCGCCGACACCUUAGGCCCUCAGAUCUCAAGGGCCUCUGGCCCACGUGGCGGUGGCGGCAGUGGGGGCAGUGCUGAGCCGAAGGCCUCGGGAAAUCAGCCCUCCGGUUGGGCAGGUUUCUAG